AUGGGAUAUACUCAAAGACGUCUCUCUCAAAAUAAUGAGUACAAAAAAGAAUCCUAUCUUUUAAAGAAAAUUUGUCCUUGUGGUAAACAAACCUAA